GUGCUCGCUCGGGAGCGCCGCCUGGCGGCCGGUGCCCGCCUCCUCCUCGCGCCUCGCCGCCGCCUGCUUCCCUCUGGCGCCUCCUGGCGGCGGAGCGGAGCCGAGGCUCAGGAAACGCAGCCCGGUCCUCCGAUGGAUUUCACCUAAGAAGCGGCGCCGCCGCCGCCGCCGCCGCCGCCGCCGGCCUCAUGGCUUCCUCGGAGGCGCCCCCGGACGUGGCCUCGGCCUCCAGCUGGCCGCUCUUCCGCCUCCGCCACCUCCGCCUGGGGCUCCACUUGCGGCCGGAGGAGCGGGCCUUGGCCGGCUGCUUGGUACUCGACCUCUGCCAACGAGAGCCAGGCCGCUCCGCCUUAGUGCUGGACACCCACCCGGCCCUGAGGGUGGCCUCGGUCGCCUUCCGAGCCUCCCCGGCCGCCGGGAAGGAGGAGCGCUGCGGCUUCGUCUUCGCCGCCCCUGGCGGGGGCCCUUGCCAAGACGGCCCUUGCGCCGACCACUCUCCGCCGGUUGCGCCUCCCAUCCCCACUUUCACCGACUCCUCCUCGCCGCCGCCGCCACUUUCCCCGCUUGUCUACAGAGUGGACCCCUUCACGGACUAUGGCUCGGCCCUCGCCAUCUCGCUGCCUUCCUCGCUGGAGCCCCGGCUGCCCUUCCAGGUCAUCGUCCGAUACACCGCCGUCGACGCGCCCGCCAUCUGGUGGCUGGAUCCAGACCUAACAUACGGUAACUCCAAGCCUUUUGUCUUCACCCAAGGCCAUUCGGUGUGCAACCGCUCCUUCUUUCCCUGCUUUGACACACCGGCUGUGAAAUGCACCUACUCCGCUAUCGUCAAGGCCCCUGCAGGUAUGCAGGUUUUGAUGAGUGCUACCCAAAGUUCCUAUGAGGAAGAAGAGGGCACAUACCAGUUUUACAUGGAAUACCCAAUUCCUGCUUACCUGGUGGCUCUGGUGGCAGGGGACCUUGUAUCUGCAGACAUUGGUCCUAGGAGCAAAGUGUGGGCAGAGCCAUGCCUCUUGUCAACAGCGAUUGGCAAACUUUCGGGUAGAGUUGAGCGCUGGCUCAGUGCUGCAGAGAGCCUCUAUGGCCCUUAUAUCUGGGGCAGGUACGACAUCGUUUUCCUUCCUCCCUCAUUUCCCAUUGUUGCCAUGGAGAACCCAUGCCUGACCUUCAUCAUCUCUUCCAUCCUGGAGAGCGAUGAGUUCCUCAUCAUUGACGUCAUCCACGAAGUGGCCCACAGCUGGUUUGGCAACGCGGUCACCAAUGCCACCUGGGAGGAGAUGUGGCUGAGCGAGGGGCUGGCCACUUACGCUCAGCGCCGGAUCACCACUGAGACAUAUGGUGCUGCUUUUACCUGCCUGGAAACUGCCUUCCGCCUUGACGCUCUUCACAGACAAAUGAAGCUCCUCGGUGAGGACAACCCUGUUAGCAAGCUUCAGGUUAAGCUGGAGCCAGGUGUGAAUCCUAGCAAUCUGAUGAACCUCUUCACGUAUGAGAAAGGUUACUGCUUUGUUUACUACCUGUCUCAGCUCUGCGGAGACCCAAUACGCUUUGAUGCCUUCCUCCGAGCCUACAUUGAGAAAUACAAGUUCAGAAGUGUUGUGGCCCAAGAUCUCUUGGAUUCCUUCCUGGAUUUCUUCCCAGAAUUGAAAGAAAAAUGCAUUGAUAACAAAACAGGACUUGAGUUUGAACGCUGGCUCAACGCGACGGGCCCUCCUUUAAUUGAGCCAGACUUAUCUCAGGGAUCCAGUCUGACCAGCCCUGUGGAGAUGCUCUUUGACCUCUGGACCACGGAGCCCCUUGAUGCGGUGGCUGCUGCCAACAGUGUCAACAUGGCAGAGUGGCAAACCUUCCAGACAGUGCUCUUCCUGGACAGGCUGUUGGAUGGGUCACCGCUGCCUCAUGAGGUGAUAUCAAAGCUUUCUGAAUGCUAUUCAGCCCACUUGGACAGCAUGAACGCAGAGAUUCGCAUCCGCUGGCUGCAGAUCAUUGUCCGCAAUGACUACUACCCCGAUCUUCACAAAGUCCGGCGUUUCUUGGAAAACCAGAUGUCCCGGAUGUACACGAUUCCGUUGUACGAGGAUCUCUGCACUGGCACCUUAAAGUCCUUUGCCUUAGAGGUUUUCUAUCAGACCCAGAACCAGCUGCACCCCAACUUGCGGAAAACCAUCCAGCAGAUCUUGACACAGGGCUUGAACCCGCUCCUUGCUCUGGACACGGCGGCUGUGGUUGCAGAGGCCCCAGUGACUGGAUACGAGGACAGGUCCCCCGAAGCUGUUCAUGCUGCCAUUUCUCUCAGGGACGUAAAUGUGUCUGCUUAGCGCACCAGCUCAUGCUGGGCAUUUGAAGCUGGAGGGGCAGGCAGGCAUGAAGCAAUAUGAAGAAAGUCCUGCUCCCCCUUUUGUGCCACUACAAGGGGACUGGAUGCCAUGAUCGCCUCCUCCCUCUUAAAUUUUCCCAGAUGUGCCUUCAGGUGCCUGACGUAUUUGCACAGCCAGAUAUCAGGGAUAUAUCUCAUUAUAGCUGCAAGCAGGAGCUGUUUUAGGCCGGAUCCUUUGACUUGAGGCAUCAUGAAUGUGAAUUCCAGGGUGUCCAUUGUGAGCAGG